AUCAAAUUCUGAAAAAAAAGAAGAAAAAUAUCCGUUUUACAGGUGUUUGAAUACAUACAGCUUGCACGUGCGAAAACAACUACAUAUAUGUGACGCAGAAACGGGAUGGUAAUAUUUGUACAGUUGUUUAUUGGAUUCAGUUAUGAGUACCCUGCAGCUGUAGCCCCAGAUUUCUUUACAACUUAUGAAACGGUACAAUUAAAGUGAAUCUCUUCAAUAGUUAACGGUUUAAUGUAAAUGCAAUAUAAAGUUUGAGACGUUUGGCAAGAAAAUCCUUAAUUACAAGAUUUAGUUAUUAGUUUUACGUAUGUAUUCUCAUCUCACAUAUGUAACAGGGAAUAUCAAUGUUUCCUCUUAAUAAGAGCACUAGUUUUAUUAAACCAACUGAGUUUUAAAGAAUUAUCCUUGACUAGAAUUACAUUCGUUUAGACGAAUCAAACAAAAUCCUUCCUAAAGGUGCUUAUCAUCCUUAUCCGCCUGAUAUACUGACUAUAUUCAUAUACAGAGAUAUGUUUGUGAAAUCUGUCCCCGCUAUCGAGAUCUUAUAACGAGUUGCAAUGUGACAGGGAAGAUAAGCCUAGAAUUAAUAAGUGUUUACUCUGAAGACUGGACCUUGAAAAAUCACAUAGAAUAAAAAAUAUGGUCAUUCCCAGUUCGUUUCGGUUCACAUAACAUAAAAUGGCCUCUGCCGAACUAGAGAACCUGUUUAAAGCUUGUGACACCAGAGGGACAGGAUAUUUAGGACAAGAGGAGCUGCGAGAUUUAUGUGCUAAGUUUGGAAUCAGUACCCAAGACGCCGAUGCUAUAUUCGAGGACCUGGAUCACGACGGAGAUGGAAAAAUCAAUUUUGAAGACUUUUCCAAAGGUUUUACUGAUUUUCUCACACUUUCUUCGACACCGCCUGGAAAGGAAAUGGUUCUCACAAACCCGAUUCAAAAACAAGCGUUCGAUCCUUACUCGGAUUCUUGUCUCGACGACGAGAAGAAACAAGUGGUAUUCCAAGCCUGGCAGAACUUAACAAACGAGCUAGGAAAAGCUGGGAAUCUUAUCAGCGAAGAGAAACUUCUGGAUUUGUACAAAGUGCUUCAGAGCUCUGAGCGUCCACAUUUAGUUUCAUAUUUUGAAACGGUUAUUGGUGAUUUACUUGAAAACGUCAGAAACCUUCAGGAAGAAAAUGAACAGCUGGAGAGUUCUUGGAAAAGGGAGAAGAAAGAACACGAGAAACAUCUUCAUAGGUUGGAAGAAGAGCUUGAUAGUCACGUGAAAGACGUCGAGUUACGAGUAAAGAAAGAAGCCCAAGCUGAAGUUGAAGCUGAACGUCGCUCUUUGAAACUUAAGGUGGAUGCCGAGAUGGAUGAACUUCAAGAGCAUUUAACUUUAUUUGAAAAGGUUGACUCUUGGCUGAAGUCCAGUCACGACACUACUAAAAAUGGCCGCCUUUCAGAAGUCCGAACAAAGCUUGAAGAUGCUGUGCAGGAGAAUCGUCAGUUACGAAUGUCCUUGAUGGACGCACAGACUUGCUUGGCCUUGAUGAGAAGCGAACUUGCUCAAGUGAGGAGUCAAUAUGAAGAAAAAUGCCACGAAUUAAAAAGCGAAAAAAGGCGAAUUUUGGAUGUUUUGCAUGAACAUGAUCAUCUUAGUGGACAGCUCCGCCUGUUACA